AUGAGCAGCGCACCCGCUCCUCCCGCCACGGACCCCACAGCCGCUGCCCCCGUGAGUAAAAACGAGCUCAAACGUCGUUUAAAAGCCGAAAAAGCCGCGAAGGUCAAAGCCGAAAAAGCCGCGAAAAAAGCCGCCGCGCCCGCCACGCCGUCGCACCAAACAGCCCUAUCCCUCGCAGACGAGGACGAGUUGGACCCGACGGCGUACUUUUCGAACCGCGAGAAAAUGUUGCGCGAACUCGAAGCCGAGGGCGUGAACCCCUACCCGCACAAGUUUGCCGUCUCCCUCUCGUUAGCGACGUUCCACGCGGCCUAUGGCACUAUUGCCGCCGGCAGUCACGUGGCCGACACCGUCGUCACCGUAGCCGGCCGUCUCCACAGCAAACGCGUGUCGGGCGCCAAGUUGGUGUUCUACGACCUGCGGGCCGACGGCCUCAAGCUCCAGAUCAUGUCGGACGUGGGCUCGUACGAGAGCGCAGCGGCGUUUGCAAAGGUCCACAGCCUCUUGCGGCGCGGCGACAUUGUGGGCGUGCGGGGGUUUCCCGGCAAGUCGAAGAAGGGCGAGCUCUCCAUCUUCCCGCAGCACGUGACGCUGCUCUCGCCGUGUCUGCACAUGCUGCCCAAGAGCCACGCGGGCCCGACGCUCCAGCAGGACACGCGGUACCGCCAGCGCUACUUGGACCUCAUGCUCCACGACGACACGCGGGCCGUGUUUUACACGCGCGCCAAGAUCAUUAACUUUCUCCGGCGGUUCUUGGACGACCGCGCGUUUCUGGAAGUCGAGACGCCCAUGAUGAAUAUGGUUGUCGGCGGCGCCACGGCCAAGCCGUUUGUCACGUACCACAACGACCUGCACAUGAACCUCUUUAUGCGCGUCGCGCCCGAGCUCUACUUGAAGCAACUGGUGAUUGGCGGCCUCGACCGCGUCUACGAGAUUGGCCGGCAGUUCCGGAACGAAGGCAUUGACUUGACGCACAAUCCCGAGUUCACGAGCUGCGAGUUCUACAUGGCCUACGCCGACUACAAUGACCUCAUGACGAUGACGGAGAAGCUCUUCUCGGAAAUGGUCAAGGAGAUCACGGGCAGCUACAGCAUUACGAUCCAGAAGGAAGCAGGCGAGGAGCCCGUGACGAUUGACUUUACGCCUCCGUUCAAGCGAGUGAGCAUGGUGGCUGCUGUCGAGGAGGCCACGGGUGUCACGAUACCCAUUGAUGAACCCGACAAGUGUGUGGCUGUGCUCGAGGAACUAGUGACCAAGUACGAGCUCGAGUGCGCUGCGCCGCGCUCCAUCGCUCGUCUCUUGGACAAGCUAGUUGGUCACUUUAUCGAGGACAAUAAGGCGUACUGGACCAAGCCGUUCUUUAUCAUGGACCAGCCCGUGUACAACUCGCCUCUGGCCAAGUACCACCGCACAAAGCCAGCGCUCACGGAGCGUUUCGAGCUCUUUCUAGCUGGUGCCGAAGUGUGCAACGCCUACACUGAGCUCAACAAUCCCAAGGUGCAGCGUGAGCGCUUUAUCGAGCAGAUGGAACAGGCUGCUGCUGGCGAUGACGAAGCCCAGCCACAUGACGAGUCGUUCUGCACGGCCAUGGAGUACGGCCUGCCGCCUACUGCCGGGUGGGGCUGCGGUGUCGACCGUUUGACAAUGUUCUUGUCCAAUCGGUUUAACAUCAAGGAGGUGCUGCUUUUUCCUGCUAUGAAGCCGGACGAACAGGUCGCCCCGGCCCCUGCGGCUAGCCCCUCGGCUGCACUGAUCUCUGCAACGGGCUCGGUGGCCCUAGACGUGCUCGAUAAGCGUUUGGCUGGAUCCACUUUUGUGAACGGAUCGUCUCCUUCGAAGGACGACACGGCUGUGUUUGAGCGCGUGAAGGUUGUAGGCAAGGACGUGUUGAAAAAGUUCCCGAACGUCGACAAGUGGCUUGACUUUGUGACUGCGUUUCCAAACGAAUUGCGAGCCAAAUGGUAG